UAUAGAAAUUUUGUAUUGAAAGUUGUGCAAUUUACUUUUUUAAAAGUAAAAAAUUGUUGUUUUUAAGACAUAGUUACUAUUGGAAGUAUCCUUAACAUGUGCCCUAAGUGCGCAUGUUAGCAUGACCCUUAUUUUAUUAUUAGGUAGUUUUUUAUUGGUUUUUCUAUUGAAUUGUAUAUUAUUCGGGAUAUAGUCACUAUACUUUUGACAAUUAGGAAACAAUAACUAUUUUUGUCAAAUAACUAGUUUCUUAUAUAUAUAUUAGCGAUCAAAUGGGGGAUUCACAAGAAAAUAACAAAGGAAAGAGUAGAGACAAAGAUAAUUAUGUAUCUUGGACUAUGGAGGAUACCAAUGAGUUAUUGCACCUCUUGGUGGAUGCUAUGAAUAGGGGAUUGCGUGAUGCCAAUGGGUCACUUAGCAAACAAAAUGUAGAACGAAUAAUACUUCCUCAACUCAAUGCAAAAACUAAAUUCCCUAAAACUUAUAGUCAUUAUUUGAGUCGGAUGAAGUGGUUUCGAAACCAGUAUAACAUGAUGUCAACCCUUAUGCGCAACAACUCUGGCUUUGGAUGGGACCCAAUUGGAAAAACUUUCACUGCUCAUGAGGAUGUAUGGAAAGAUUACUUAAAGUCCCACCCAAGUCACAGCAAACUUCGAGGAAAAAGUAUGGUUGAUUAUGAGUAUUUGAAGAUCGUUGUUGAGGGUGGAGUUUCUAGCGGGAAUAAUUCUAUAUCAGUCGAUCCAGAUGAUACUGAUGCAACAACUUUUGAGCCAGAAAAUAGAACUGUUGGGAUAGAAGAAUUUUCAUAUGAUCCUAAUAGUGAUACAUUCAUAACACCAAAUAACUAUGAACCAGCAUAUCAGCCUCCAUCACCAAACCAACCAAGUCCACCAUCCCACCCCCCUUUAGAUUCAGAGGUUCCCAUAGAAAAACAAAACUGUCACAAGCGAAGGAGAUCCGAGUAUGGAGGGAGUUCAAGCGCUGUUGGGAUCAACAAUCAAGGCAACGUUCUGGAAAAUCUUUCUGUUGGCAUUGAGACUAUUGCUGUGAAUUUUGAAAAAAUAUCCAACAUGAUGGAGAAAAGAGAAAAAGAUAGAGAUAGAGAUAGAGAGCUCGAGGGUAUUAUUUGGGAUGUUAUAAAAGAAAUUCCAAAUUUGGAUGACAUAACGCGUUUCAAGACAGCUGAAUUGUUAAAUACUAAAGCAAAAAAGGAUUUUUUUUCUUGAAGAUGUCACCGGAAGAACGCUCAUCUUGGAUAAACUUUAAGUUAGGGAAUAAUUAAUAUUUUGAUCAUCUAUUAUUAACAUAUUAUUUUAAACAUCGUGAGUUUGUUGAACUAUAUCUUU